ACGGCGGCUCUGCGGGCGGGGGCGGCCCCGGCAGCCGCGGUCAGGUGGCACCGCCGAGACGGAGCCGGCCGAGCACGAUAAAAGUCCCGGCCCGCCGCCGCCACGGCCGCGAGGGAGCGCGGAGCCGCCGCCCGGGAGCCAUGCUCAGCACUGGACACUCUCCGUGAGCCGUCCCAGCAGCCCGGAGCACCACGGUGCCACUCUGACUUAGAGCAGGACUUUGUUACCAAGGUGACUGAGCAGUGGGAGCUGUCCUGCCGCCACCAGGCCAGACAAUCCCUCCCUCGGCUGCACAUCCCCUUGGCUCUCUUCCCAUGAUGGAAGCCUGAGUGCCAGGAUCCUCCAUGACCUCCAGAAGCCACAACUCCCUGCCGAGAACUCUGAUGGCUCCGCGGAUGCUCUCGGAAGGUGCCCUGGGGGGCAUCGCCCAGAUCACGCCCUCGCUGUACCUGAGCCGGGGCAGCGUCGCCUCCAACCGGCACCUGCUGCUGUCGCGGGGCAUCACCUGCAUCAUCAACGCCACCAUCGAGAUCCCCAACUUCAACUGGCCGCAGUUUGAGUACGUCAAAGUGCCUUUGGCUGACAUGCCCAACGCCCCCAUCUCGCUGUACUUCGACAGCGUGGCCGACAAGAUCCAGAGCGUGGCGCGGAAGCACGGCGCGGCGCUGGUGCACUGCGCCGCCGGCGUCAGCCGCUCCGCCACGCUCUGCAUCGCCUUCCUCAUGAAGCACCACAAGGUCUCCCUCUUCGAGGCCUACAACUGGGUCAAGGCGCGGCGCCCCGUGAUCCGGCCCAACGUGGGCUUCUGGAGGCAGCUGAUAGACUACGAGAGGAAGCUCUUUGGGAAGACCACGGUUAAAAUGGUACAGACGCCCUAUGGCAUCAUCCCAGACGUUUACGAGAGAGAGAGGAGACCCCUGAUGCCUUACUGGGGAAUUUAAUGGGACUGCAGAGGGGGAGCACGACGGAAGGGACGCGCUGUUUCGAGUCCACCAGACUGGAGAUGUUCCCUUCUCCUUCUACAGCCAACUUUGGUUCUCUACCAUACAGCAGAACCUCAGUUCUCACCUCACUAACCUGCAAGGCCAACGAUUCCCUUCAAAGCAUUUUUCUCUAUGGGGAUUUCCCAUCUGCAUCUCUGAUUUAGCAAAACCAGGUCUCAUUAUAAGUUUAUUCCUUCCAUAAAGCUUAGUCUUUUUUCCUUUUUUUAGUCAGUUUAUUAAGAUCCUCGAGGAAGGGCCUAAGAGGCAUCGGGCAGAGUGGAUGGCCCAGGAGUGCUUUGUGCUGCAGCAGUAGCCUGGAUAUUUUGUUAUAGCUUGUUUGCUUCCUUGCAAAACCCUGUAGUGGCUCAGGAGCAGCACUAGCGAGGCCCUGCCCCACAGCAGCAGGUUUUCCAAGCACCAGGGAGGCAGGAAUACAGGGGCUGUGGUGCUGGUGUUUUCUUUAACAUUCAUAGUGACUCUCAGUAUAUAGUGUUUGAGACCUUUAGUCAGCUCUUAAUCGUAUUCAAAGUUAGGGGGAAAAAAGGGAAAAACAAACAAACAAAAAGAUUGAAUCAGUCCGUGUCGGCCACAAGUAAAAUAAAAAUUGAGCAAUUCAAAUCAAAUAAAUACAAGAUCCUUUUUCACUCAUUCCAUGCCAGGGCAAUAGCCCUGGAAUACACUUCAACUGCUGGAAAAUGCUGGUGUGUUUUGUGAGUGGAAAGUUGACAGAUCUUGUCCAGAAGUGAGAGGGUUGAAGCCGCUGGGCAGCCAAAGAGAUGCUCAGGAAUGUGAGCAUGGCCCCUGGCCGGGCUGGGCUGGGUGUGCCAGCAUGCCAGCAGAGCCAGCCCAGCCCGGGGGGCUCAAUCCCCCCGGGGAAGGCUCAAUCCGCUCGGGGAAGGCUGAAUCCCCCGGGGAGGAAGGCUCAAUCCCCUCGGGGAGGAAGGCUCAAUCCCCUCGGGGAAGGCUCAAUCCCCUCAGGGAAGGCUCAAUCCCCCGGGGAGGAAGGCUGAAUCCCCCGGGGAGGAAGGCUCAAUCCCCGGUUCCUCGGUGGCCUGGGUGUGCCAGCAUCCCAGCAGAGCCAGCCCAGCCCUGCAGGGCUCACUCCCCCUGCUCAGCUCCAGCUCCCCUCAGAGCUGCCUUAGCCCACUCCUGCCUCUCUCCAUUCCGUCCUCAAGGUUCUGCUGCAUCCCAGGGCUGCUCCUCUCUGUGCCCAGGGUGGUGGCAGAGGCCUGGCCUUGCUGGAGUGUGCCAUGCUCCAGCCCAGCCCUUCCCUGGAGAAGCCUCCCGUGGCUCCAGGGCAGGGGCCGGUGCCUUGGAGUGUGACGGGAGCCCUGAGCAGGCACCAGAGUUUCUGUUGCCUCUGGAGGAGGAGCAGGCAGAGUGCUGUGGUCGCUGUCUGAUUUAAAUGAGAUUCUAUACUUGUAAAAAAAAAAAAUCAAUAAAGAUUAAACCAGAA